AUGACGACAUGCAGUACCUGUUUAACGAUACUUGCCCCCGGCGACGGGGAGAAACUCUCCGAGAAGCCGCCGCCAGACCAGCGCCGAGUCCCUUGCUGCGACAGGAUCAUAUGCGGUGACUGCAUCGUGAAUAACUUUCGCUUCGCAGCCUACUGUCCCUACUGCCAAAUAGCCAGCGAGCCCAACCCGCUACCACAAGGUCUCAAAGCCCCCCCAGCAUACGACGCGUCCCAACUACACGCCGCCAAGCGUCAGCGACAACCGCCGCCGCGGCCGUCGCCUGCAUACGAUCCUCCGCCGUACGGGACAUGCGACGGCGGCGGCGACGACGAAAAGGCAGCCGCCGCCGACGACACGCUGCACUUUCUCAACCACGAGCACGACAGCAUCCUCUCGCUGUCGCUGCGGUACGGCGUGCCGCAGGAUGCGCUCCGCCGCGCCAACAACAUCAACAGCGACCACCUGCUGCUGGCGCGCAAGACCGUCGUCAUCCCGGCGGCGUACUACAAGGGCGGCGUCAGCCUCUCCCCGCGGCCCGUCGAGGGCGAGGACGAGGAGCUGCGCAAGAGCAAGAUUCGCAGGCUCAUGACGGCCUGCAAGCUUGCCGACUACGCCGUCGCCCAGCUCUACCUCGAGCAGGCGGGCUACAAUCUCGAGCGCGCUGUUGACAGGUAUGUUGGUGAUGAGGCCUGGGAGCAGGCACAACGGGACAAGAACAAGAACAACGCCAGCAAUAUGCGGUGGUUCUUCGGUGGCAUGAGAUAG